CCAAAGAACAUGGACCAUUCAUUUACACACAAAAAAGCCAAAAGGCAUAUAUACUUAAUUCUCUUACCCUUUAGUUGUUACAAAUAUAGGUUCACUAUUCAAGUAGUGAUAGAAUUUAUUCUUCAAUCAAUCAAAUUUCAUGUUAUGAAGAACUAAGAAGACUUCACUUCAUUAGUUAGUUCUUAUCUUAAAAACAAGAGAACAAUUUAUAGAAGCUUUGAAGGGUGUGUCGGUACCGGUAAUUCUGUUAAUUACGCCCUUUCAUCUCUCUCUUUCUCUCUCCUCAACUAUUUCUUUCUAAAUAUAAACAGUUUAAACGAAGCCGGCAAAAAUUUUCUCUCUAUAAUCUGUAUAUUUCUCUGAAAUCUCGAUAAAGUUCCUCAAUUUCCUAUUUUUAAGCAAUUCUCUAAGAAUCAAGAGAAUAAUACUAAAAACCCAGAGAAAAAAUCUGCAUUUUUUUUACUGUAACCAAAAAAAGACGGUUGCUUGCAGUUUGAAGAACCCUUUAGGAAAGGAGCAUUGAAUUUUGUUAAGUUGUUGCGCUGGAAGUAAGGGUAGAAGAAGAAAAGGAAAUUGAAAAAGGAAUGGUAAGAAGAAAAGGUAUGUUGAAAGGAAGGAUUUCAAGGAUUGGGAGAUAUGCUAUUGCUUCAUCGAUUACAGAUCAAUGUAUUACUUGUACUACCUUCAAUAUCCUUGCUCCAAUUUACAAAAGGCUUAGUGAUGAGAAACAGAAUGAGGCCGGUCGUGAAAGCGAUUACAGGGCAUAUUGGCUAGCUAGAAACCAAAGAAUAUUGGAUUGGUUGUUGCGUGAAAGAUCUACCAUCAUUUGUCUUCAGGAGUUCUGGGUCGGAAAUGAAGAACUCGUCAGUAUGUAUGAAAAGAGGCUUGGUGACGCUGGUUACAUCAAUUUCCAGCUUGCACGAACCAACAAUCGUGGAGACGGUCUCCUGACAGCCGUACACCGAGAUUAUUUCAGGGUUAUUAAUCACCGAGAUUUGCUGCUCAAUGAUAUUGGAGACCGUGUUGCUCAGUUACUACAUGUUGAAUUAGUUAACCCCUUCUUUCUAAAUCGAAGUACAAAUGUUCGACAAGAGAUACUCAUAGUAAACACCCACUUGUUAUUUCCUCAUGAUUCAAGUCUCUGCCUAGUGAGAUUGCACCAAGUUUAUGAGAUCCUACAAAAUGUGGAAUCUUAUCAGAAAGAAUUUAAGCUGAAUCCCAUGCCUAUCCUACUUUGUGGUGAUUGGAAUGGCAGCAAACGCGGACAUGUUUACAAGUUUCUAAGAUCUCAAGGGUUUGUCUCAUCAUAUGACACUGCCCACCAGUACACAGAUGCUGAUGCUCAUAAGUGGGUUAGCCACCGCAAUCACCGAGGAAACAUCUGCGGGGUUGAUUUCAUUUGGCUUCUCAACCCAAACAGAUAUCGGAAGCUUCUCAAAACAAGCUGGAAUGAGACGGUAUUUAGCAUGUUUAAGACACUACUAAGAAGAGCUUCAUUGACAGAAACUGAUGCAUUUGCUUUUCUAAAGGCUCAUAGUGGGGGCGAUUUUAUAAUUUAUUCAGGUUUUUGUGAAGCACUUAGACAGCUAAAUUUAGCUGGUCACUGUUAUGGACUGAGCGAGGAAGAAAUGAAAGACUUAUGGGUUCAGGCAGAUAUUGAUGGAAAUGGAGUUCUCGAUUUUAGUGAAUUUCAGCAAAGAAUUUGGAAUUUAGAAGACACGGAUGAUGGAAGUGUGCAUGACAACGAUGUCCAUGAUAUGGUGCCAGGCAUGCAGCAAGCUAUUGGUUUCAGUGUGAAGAAUGCUGUUCUUUUCCCUACUGAAGUGGAGAAAGGGAUGUGGCCCGAAGACUACUCAUUGUCUGAUCAUGCUCGGCUUACUGUAGUGUUUUCACCAGUACGAAUGCCAUGCUCUCAGCUGAUUUUCUGAUAAAAACAGAUGCCAAAAAGAGGUUUCAGCAUAUAUAAGAUUGCAUAAGCAGAAAACAGGAAAUGUGGAUAUAUGCAGAGGAGGAUGUUCUUGGUUUGAAAGUUUAUAAAUCGUAAUCCAACAAUCACCAGAUGAUAGACCUCUGUUGAUGGAAAUUUUAGUUCAGAGGAUGAACAUAUCAGGGGCACAUAAUCAUGUUUUUUGCAUUUUAUGAAUGAAUCGACCUUCAGUUAUGGGAGGACGAGCAAUUUUAAGACCAAAUUAUCUUCAGCGGCUUCUGAUCGGGCCGGGGGGACAGAGAUGAGGUAUGACAGGGAAUGAUGAAGUAUGGUGAAGAAGGGGAGAAGGAUGAGGUUGUAUACUGUAAAUGUGUGUAUCCAGUUCAGUCACUGUGAGAUUUUGUAGUUAGUGUGUAUAAUUUAUACCAGUUUUUGUAUCUAGACUGCGCCAAUUUAAUGCAAUCCUCAUUGAGUGGUGAAUGACUGAAUUCUAUAGUAGUUCAUUUUCGAA